AUGUCGUCCACCGCCGCCUCCGAGGACGUGAAUGACUUUCUCUUGCGCAUUCGCGAACUCGGCGAGCGACGCGACAAGGAGGACGAGGAGCGCACCAAGCGCCUCGAGGAGGAGAUCCUGCAGGGCCGCGCAGAGAGACAGGCCCGCCGAGCCGAGCGAGCUCGCUCAAUUUCCCCACAGAAGGACUCACCCACCCUCAAUGCCUUCCGAAUGAGCGCCUCCAUUGAACCCCCAGAACACCUGGAGCCCACGCCGCACUCGCUCGAUCUGGACAGACCUAGCAGUUCCCAAGGCACAGAGUCGCUGAACGCAGACCAGAAGAGACCCGGAUCAUCGCCCAAGGACGCCGAGAUGGAUUCGCUCUCACGGACCCUGCCGCCGCUGUCGCGCAGUCGGGCCGGCACUCUGUCCUGGCAGCAACGCCCCUCCUCGCGAGACUCUGGCAACAAGUCCCCUUCGUCACCCUCUCCAUCCCGCUCCAGCCACUUGAGAAACGCGUCGACCGCAUCGAGAGAGGACCAGCCCUUGUCGCGUGCUCAGAUCGCUCAAUCGCUCGGCUCAAAGGACCCCUCGUGGUUCCGGCAGACGCCAGACCGAGGAACGGGCUCGCCAGCAUACCGUAAGACCACCGAAGAGGUAUCCGGCACAUCCCCAGGUUGGGGCGCCAGCCGCAGACUCCCGGGGAUGAGCCGAGAGUCGACCGCCGAGCCUGAGAAGGCAGAGACGGCCGAUGAGGCUCCUCCUUCCUCGCCGAGAACGGCUUCCACGUUGGCCACGGGACUCGGCUCGCCGGUGUCGUUGUCGAGCGCCCCCAAGCUGAAGCCUCGAGUGCCUGAAUCCGAGGAGGAUUUGGCCCCUCCAUCCCCGACACAGCGCCGAAUGUCACCAGAGCGGACCCGUUCAACCUCUCCCACUAAGGGUCUUGGCGGCUUUGUCCAGAGUGCGAUGUUGAAGCGGUCAGACAGCGUUUCGAAGCGGUGGAGUGCUCAGGUCCCUCAACGGCUUAGCCGAUCCAAUUCCGUGGUCUCAAACUUCAGCAGUGCCGCACCUCCAACUUUGAAUGCAAGUGUCAGUGAUCUGACAGCUUCGACUGGCUCUCGAUUUGGACGAGAUACACAAGUCCAGCGACCCAGCUCGAGUCAUAGCGAGGCAACUACGGUACAGCCUACAGAGUCCAACGCCAGACCUGUCACCGCUGGUGCUCCUGUUGAUAAUACGAGUGCAACUGGUAGUCCCACAAGACGACCCCCGUCUUCGCACUCGAGAUCCACCAGCUCAAUGACUAUGGAGAGGCAGGAUAGUCAGUCUAGUCCGUUUGUCUCCAGGACCAUGGAUCCCAAGCGGUGGAGCCCUACCAAGGCCUCUUGGCUGGAGAGCGCACUGAAUCGGCCCGACUCCCCACGACACAACCGACAGCCAUCUGAGCAGCCAUCGUGGAUGAAGGACCGCCAAGCCAGGGGCAGCGUUGACAUGGGCAGUGUCAAAAAUUUCAAAGAAGUCAAUCCGGUGGGCUUGAUGCGAACACCUCCUCCCGGUACCCACUUCAAAAAGCCCAGCGUCAGCGGAGUUCCCUCAUUGCAUGCCAGCCCAGAUUUGGCCAAGUCAAAGGAAUCGGUGCCAGAGUCACCCUCACCUGCUGCUGGCAAGAAUUCCGAGCCGAUGAAGCCUGUAGAAGAGGAAGGCAAACCGACCUCUCCGGCGCGAACGGCGCAAUCCCCGGAGCACAAAACAGAGGCUGAACGCACUCCUGAACCCGAACGGACUCGCAAGGCGCCACCCCCUGCAUUGAGUCCCAAACCAAAUUUCACUAGUUCGCCUGGGCCUUCGAGAGAGCCGGUCUCCCCGCAACCGAAGUCCCAAUCGCCUGCGCUUGAUUUCCGAGCCAGCCUCCGGAAACGCGAGGUCCCUCAAGGCACCGGGCCCAAGGAUGAACCAGAGUUCAAGAAUGUAUUCGGCAAGCUGAAGAAGACCGAGACCAAGAACUACGUUGCGCCGGACGAGCUCAAGAACAAUAUUCUACGAGGCAAGGCGGCAUUGAACCUGACCGGUGGCCCGAAGAAGACUCAGCGAGUCGACGAAUUCAAGGAGAGUAUUCUGAAGCAGAAGGAGGCGAUGAAGGCCGGUGGUGGCACCGUGAGACGAAACACAGCCGGUGAGGACGACAGGCCGUUGAGUCCAGCAACUGCGGUGCCGGAGGCCAUUGCGAAGCGGCAGAAUAUGGCAAAGACACAUAGCAUCAGGGGAAAACCAUCUGACGAGCAGCCUUCGCGAUCCUCCAGAGAUCUUGCUACUCCGCGUACCGUGCUCAACCCAACGCCAGCACCAACGGCCGAAGAGGAAUCGCCUAAACCUCCACCCGAGGUCGCCGAUCCAGUGCAAGAGCCGGCUCCGACCGAUCCCGAGACUCGCGGUGCUGUUAUCGAAGCAAGUGUGGAGGCAAAACAGAAGCCUGCAGACGAGGCCCCCAAACCGGUUCGUGGCCUGCCAUCGGCUGCUGUUGCGGGAGCCACCGCUCCAGCGACGACUGUGCCUCCAAGUCUGGCUGCUAAAGGGAAACUCGCAGGCCGAAUCAAUCCCGCUCUAGCUGGGCUCCUGUCUCGAGGUCCUACUGCUGCGGCAGAGGUUCCGAAGAAGGAGCCGGUGAUGUCUUCAGCCUCCACGGAAACUUCCCCCGCCUCAUCAUCUACGCCUCUCACCCAUAUGACCAAGAGCCGUGCGAAGGGUCCCAAGAGACGCGCCCCCAAAGCCAGUGCUCCACCCGCUUCGCAGGAUUCCAAGGAGGUUGCUGUCACUUCGCCUCCGGAAGUAAAGAAAUUCCAGCCUAAUCUUAUGCCCAUUGACCCCGGCAACAGUUCGCAGAACCUCUCGCGGCCUGCUUCCGCAAAGCCAGGCCAAGCUCUGUCCAAACCAGUGCCAGGAAAGAAGCGGAACAGUUUCCAGGAUUUGCUCAACAACGGAAUUGAGCAGAGCCGCGCAUUCGAAGCCAGUGCCCCUCCGGCUCCGCGGGGUUCCGAAGAGGUCGGUGUCGUUUCGUCCGCUGAAGUCAAGAAAUCCCAUCCUGGUCCUGUACCGAUUGACUCAGACAAGAGUGCAGAAAGCCUCUCGCGGCCUUGUUCCACACAGCCAGCCAAAACUUCGUCAAAGCCAGGGCCAGAAACGAAGCGGAAUAGCUUCCAGGAUCUGUUGAACAACGGACUUGAACAGAGGCUGCAAACUCCUCCGCCGAAGCCGCGGGUACUAUCCAACGAGGCUGCUCUCCGCAGUCUUGAAGGUGCACCGCGUGAACCUGAAAGUUCUGCGGAGGAAGUGAGCCCGUCGAGCAAACCGCCAGUCCCACCAAAACCUAGCCCGUCGCCGUCCCCAUCGCCUCCUGUAUCCGCCAAGCCACGAUGGAGCCAACAGUCGCGAUACACCUCUUCUCCGUCUCCGCUCCGGACAAGCUACAGAGAAAACCGAAUGGACGCACCGACCACGCCCCAACCCAAGAGCGUCCCUGGUGUUGCGGUGGCCGAGGCUCAUGAUCCUUCUCCCCGGACGAGCCAUGCUUCCCCGCCUAUUCCUCCAAAGCGAUUCGAUAUCUCGCUUGACAAACCUGUUGACCCGCGCAACCGGCUGUCCCGCAAGAUGUCUGCCCCUUCGUUAGUAGCCAAGGCAGCGGAGGCACAAGAAGUCAUUGCGGGCUUCUUCAAGACUUUCCCCAACCAACGGGACCGAGUGGAUAUCGACCCCCAAUUGAUGUUGACCAGCAAACCGGCCGAACCGAAAAUCCGGACGACUAAAAAGCACAUCUGGGAGAUGACCGGUGAUGGUAAGCGCCAAGAGCUUCCAGUCAACCAGGAGUACAUACUUUAUGAGGGCAGCAUGUACCUUUGCGUGCACGUAUUUGACACACAGGGAAUCCCCACCACCGAAGUAUACCUUUGGUGCGGAGACGACGUUGGAGAGGCCGCGUUCGAGGACACACAGCUGUUCGCUCGCAAAAUCUCCCGCGAGAAUGGCUGCAAGCUGGAGCUUAUUCGACAAGGCAAGGAGCCCGCGCGGUUCAUCCAGGCGCUCGGUGGGAUUAUCAUCACGCGUCGGGGGCCCAGCUCCCGCUCCAGCUCGUCCGCUCUGUACAUGCUCUGCGGACGAAAGUAUUUGGGUCAAAUGGCCUUUGACGAGGUCGACUAUUCACUCCGCCACCUGUGCUCUGGCUACCCGUUCGUCAUCUCUGCGCCCUUCGGCAAGCUAUACCUGUGGAAGGGCAAAGGCAGCGGACCCGAGGAAACCGGCGCCGCACGGCUCAUCAGCAUGGAUCUCGGUCUGACCGGCGAGUUCGAGGAGGUGACCGAGGACGAAGAACCGGAGAGCUUCUUCGAGGUGUUUGCAGGCUCACGCGCGUCUGCACCAUCCACCAUGGCAUCGGACUACUGGCAACUCAAGCCAAAGUUCGACCAUUUUAGCACUCGGCUCCUGCGCGUCGACCACGAACUGGGCCAGGCGCCACGCUUCUGGAUGCGCCGGCCCGGCUCCGGGUCGCCGGUGACUCGGCCCAACGAUACCGUUCAGGAAAUUGAACCCUUCUGCUACAAGGAUCUGGCUGGCAAGGACAUCUACGUUCUGGAUACCUUCUUUGAACUUUACGUAAUCGUCGGCGAACAAGCAACGCAGAAAUCAGCCGAUUUCUCCUCAGCCGUGAUCUUUGCGCACGAGUACGGCAUCCUAGCCACCUCGCUCCAAGACCGGCCCUUCAUCCCCAAGAGCUUUGUCUCGCUGGGCGGUAUUCCGGACCGCUGCCAAGCAGCCUUCCGCAAAUGGGACCCGCACUCCCUGCGCGCGCCCUGUGUGUUUUCUUUGGAUGUGGCGAUUGAAGCUCUCCGGACUCCGCCAGGGUCAUCUUGA